ACUUAAGUAUGAGUUUGUAUGUGUGUUUACGUUUUUCCUUUAAGCUAUUUUGAGUUAUAACAAUUCCAUGCAAAGUAUACUAGUUAGAGAAUAAAUGUUCAUUACAUAACCAAAUCGUGCAACACUAAAGUUGUAAAAUAUACUUCAGACAAUAGCGUUUCUGCAGUUACUACUUUGAAAUUUCUUAUUCCUAACCAUACUAUUAUUAUUGUGUUCAAACUUCAACACAAUAAUGGAUGACUGCAAUUCAGAUAUAAUUGAACAAGCUCGUCAAUUGUUUAUGCAUUGUGAUACAGAUGAUUGUGGCUAUUUAACACGUCAAGCAUUAGAUCGUCUUAGUGAUCGUUUACCAUUAACGAUUUCACAAUUGGAUUUUGUAUUCAAUUUAUUAGAUAAAGAUAAAAAUGGGCAGUUGACUUUGGAUGAAUUCAUUCAAGGUUUCGGUCAUUUCCUAGUUGACAAAGCAGCAAACAAUUUAUUAUUGGAUGAAGAAAUUGACGAACAAUACAAUCAAAUUAUAUCAUCAUUAGAUCCAGAAAAUGUAUUAAAAAGCUAUGAACAAGUAAAACAUAUAUGGAAAUACAUGAAAUUGGCUAAUUCACAUUUAUUACCAGAAUUUGAAGAUAUGUUAAGAGCUAUAAUGAAAGAGGUUAAUGGUGCUAGAGUAGAAUAUGAAAAUAUGGAACGUAUGAUACAAAAUAAAAUAAUGAAACAAGAUGAAGAAUUGCACAAUUUAGUCGAAGAACUCGAGCUACAAGUUAAUCAAGAAAAAGAACAAUUAAAACAAAAGGAAGAACUCAAGGAAAGAGAACUGAAAGAAGAAUUAAAUAACAAAGUACAGGAAAAAGAAAAAUUGUUAAAUGACCUUGUACAACAAUUUGAAAAAGCUUCUAUCAAAGUAGAAGAACUUCAAAAGAAUCGAAUGAGCAUUGCGCAAGAAAAAGAGAAAUUAUUACAAGAAAAAGAAGAUCUAGAACGUAAAUUAGAAGAAUCACAAGAAAUGUUAAAUGAAUGUAAAGAUUAUAUUGAUACACUACAGAAGAAAGCACGUGAAGAACGUCGACGUAGAGCAAAAGCAGCCAUAGAACUUAGUGAAGGCAUAGCAUUAGAACGUGAAACAUUAGUAAGACAACUCGAUAUGUUACGGACUAUUAAUCAGAAGUUAGUUGAUGAACAAGAGUUUAAAUCUCAAACGCUUUACGCAGUAAAAGAAACAUCACAAACAAUUGAUUUACGUGAUUUUCACAGUAAAUCACAAUCACUUGAUAUGACCAGUGCAAAAGCUUCAGAGACAACAAUAAAAGAUACUGCCGCUUUACCACAUUUACUAUGUAGUUCAACUGAUUUGGAUGCGACAAAUUUUGAGAUCGCAGAUGCAAGAAGAGGUUCUACACUGAGUAAUUAUUUCACACCAGUAAUACUAAAUGAUGACAGUGUACGUGAAGGAGAUCUUGGAAAUAUUGAUGAAGAUGAAGAAUACGAAGAAGUUUUCAACCAAUAUCCUGGCAGUAUAUAUACCCCUCGUAUUCGGAAAACUUCACAGAAAUCUCGAGCACAUAUUAAUGAUUCAUCUGAAGUACGUUAUAUGCCAAAUGGAAGAAGAGUUUCACCUGAUGGAGCCUCCUACAUGAGUUCAAAUGCUGACUCGACCACUAAUGGAUCAUUUGCUGAACGUGUCUACAAAGUUAUAUUUGUUGGUGAUUCAGGUGUUGGAAAAUCAAGUAUUAUAAGAAAAUUUGUAUCUGGUGUAUUUGAUUUAAAUCUUCCAUUAACUGUGGCAAUUGAUUUUCAUGUGAAAUUUAUGCAUUGCGAUGGGACUAAUUUGUAUCUACAAUUAUGGGAUACAGCUGGACAAGAGAAAUUCAGAAGUAUUACACGACAAUAUUAUCGUAAAUCAGAUGGUGUAAUUAUUGUGUUCGAUGCAACUAAUGAAUCAAGUUUUUUAGCCGUCCGUUCAUGGCUUCAAUCGGUUACCGAAGAAACAGACGAGAAUACCGUUAUCUUAAUUCUGGAAAAUAAGUCUGAUCUCAUUGAAGAAAAUGAUAAUAAACGUGCAGUAUCGCGAGCUACAAUUGAUAAAAUUGUUCGCGUAUAUAAAACAAUGUGCUUUGAAGUCAGUGCAAAAACUGGGCACAAUAUAGAAGAGGCGUUUAUGGUUAUGGCAAGGAAACUUAAAGAAAAAGAAGUUUAUGAACUUCAAACUCUUCAAAAUUUAAAGAAUGAUGCAAAUAUUAAAAAGAAUACAUGUUGUCGAUGAAAAAUCAACAGAAUAUUUAAGGAAGAAAACAAAAAGAAAAAAGAGUAAAUGUGGAUUAUGUAAACAUAUACAAUCAGAUAUAAUACAUGUACACGUACAUAUAUAAAAAUCUCUGAUAUGUUUUUUUUUGUUCAAAUUAUUUUCGUAUAUAUUUCAUUUAAAAUGGGAUAAUUUAGGUUAGAAGUAAUUUGAAUCACUUCGUUACAUGAUUAUCGUUUCAAACUAGAAGGGACCAUAUUACUUCUAACAUAGAAAAAAUUACUUUACAUAUUACGAAACUUUUAAAUUCUUGACAUUUUGAUAAUCAUCAAAAAUCUUUCAUUUCCCG